AUGGAGUCAAGUACAAACGAGGACGGUCCUUCGUCUCACUACUCGCAUCUCCUGGUAGGCACUUCCCUUACGCUUUCCACAUUAUCCGCCGCCCUCUCCCAGUCGUCCAAGAAUAGGGUCCUACACAUCGAUCCAGCCGAGUACUAUGGCAGCUACAAUGCCUCGCUCACCUUGAGCCAGCUAGUGACAGAGCUACAACGUCGCAGUCACAGUGGGAAGGCCGACGCUGAGGGGACUCCGCUAGCCGGCAUUACCUUCCCGUACUUUGCAGGCCCAGACGCAGCGGAAGCGUCAUCGUCCCAUACCCCAGCCUGCCUUGAAACCCUCGAUCGUCAUUACUCGAUCUCCCUUUCGCCUGCUCUACAGCCCGCCGCUUCGCCUUCUCUCGACGUACUUGUACGCUCCCAAGUCGCCAGAUAUGCCACCUUUCGCCUACUGCAACGCACAGCCGUGUGGGACACCCAGCAAGGCAUGCUCAAGACAGUCCCGGCUAGUAAAGAGGACGUCUUCAAGAGCGGCGAGCUCAGUCUCAUCGAGAAGCGCAAGCUGAUGAAGUUCCUUCAGUUCGCCGCUACAUACAGUUCUUCUUCUACGGAUGAGAUGCCCUUCAAGACUUUUUUGGAGACAAAAUUCACGCUACCGCCGCACCUUGUUACUGCGAUCAUGUACGGUAUCGCGCUCGGCUCUUCGGAGACGGAGGCAAUCAAUGCUGCAAUGGAGCGGCUGAAGGUCCACUUGACAUCUGUGGGCAGGUACGGCAAUUCUGCCUACCUUGUACCUCAAUAUGGAGGUGCGGGGGAGAUUGCACAGGGUUACUGCCGCGCAGCAGCUGUACAUGGUGCUACCUUUAUCCUGGGCAAGGAGAUCGAGAAGCUGACCGCCGAGCAACUGGAGGGCCCGUCAGGAGAAACAGACGUGUCUCGUUACCAGCUCAAGCUGAAAGACAUCGACGAAAUCUUCACAGCCGACUACGUGAUAGGAGAGGACGACCUCGUACACUCCAUGAAGGGGCCGCAAGCGACGACACCGCAGAGCGCAAGCACUUCAGACACUCAGCUGCUUCAAGGCAUUCUGGUGCUCGACCGAAGCGUGCGGAUACCGGCCCCAGCAGUGACGUCUAGUGCCACUUCAUCUGGAGAAGGAGAAAUGCGAAAGGAAGAGGAACCCCUGGAGACUGGUCUCAUCGUCUUUCCUCCUGGGUCGCUCUCUCUGCAGGACGGGGCGUACAACGAAGCAGCAACCACUGCUCUGGUCCUUGGGGAAGGCACCUUUUGCUGUCCCAAGGGCCAAUAUGUAGUCCACCUCACUACGGAGAUAAGAGGC